AUGAGCCGUCUCAACCUUCUCAGCCGUCUUUCCAAGAAAGGACGAGAGCGUCGUGAUGUUGCUACAAUGAGUGAUAACACUAGAAAAUCAUCACAAGAGAAGACAUUCUCCGAAUAUCCAGCUUUGAGCUCCAUCAACUUCUCAUUCUCAGGCAACAAACGCCCCGCUCUGACCGAGUCACCGUACAACAAGCCAGUGGAAAUGAUACGCAAAGAAGAGUAUUCUCACAUCAACAGCGGUAUCUACCUUGACCACAGUGGGACUACUAUCUACGCCCAAUCGACCAUCAAGCGUUUCGCUGACAAGAUGCGCGCUAACCUCUACGGUAACCCCCAUUCUGCCAACGAGCCUGCCAAGUUCUCCGGUGAGAUGGUUGACUCGGUACGCGAAAAAACCCUCCGUUUCCUCGGCGCUGACCCACGCCACUUUGACCUCGUUUUCGUCGCCAACGCCACCGCGGCCAUCAAGCUCGUGGCAGACUGCUUCCGUGACCUCGCUGAGCAGACCCGCGCCGGCUCCUUCUGGUACGGCUAUCAUCGUGACGCACACACCAGCCUUGUUGGCGUGCACGAGUUGACCAAGGGACCACUUAGCCACAAAUGCUUUGAGAGUGACGCCGAAGUCGAGGAGUGGAUUGAGGGAAGGAAUACCUUUGGUCAACAGCCCGGUGGUCUUGCUCUCUUUGCAUACCCCGGGCAAAGUAACCUUACGGGGCGCAGACUUCCGCUCACAUGGACAGGGAGGAUCCGACACGACAGAACGAAGAGGCUACGCAAUACCUACACCCUUUUGGAUGCUGCAGCGCUGGCUAUGACCAGUCCCAUGUCAUACGUCUUUGAAGACCCUGACACCGCACCUGACUUUACUUGCGUGUCGUUCUACAAGAUCUUUGGCUUUCCGGAUAUGGGCGGGCUCAUUGUCCGUAAAGACUCCGGCCAUAUCCUAGCGCUAAGAAAAUACUUUGGCGGGGGCACCGUCAGUCUGGUCAGCACCAUUGGAAGCGCAUGGCAUGUAAGCAAGGGGUUGGAGGUCUACACCCAUGAUGAUGGGAGCGAGCACGUCGGCGGUCUACAUGAGGGUUUGGAAGAUGGGACGCUCCCCUUUCACAGCAUCUUGGCAUUGGGCGAGGCAAUUGACGUUCACAAAGAGCUGUUUGGAAGCAUGGAGAAUGUUUCUGCCCAUACGUCGAUGUUGGUAAAGAGACUGUAUCAAGGGAUGAAAGCGAUGCGGUAUGAGAAUGGACAACAGCUUUGCAAGGUCUAUCAUUCGGGUGAUGAAGACAUAUGGGAGAAAGGGGAGGGGGAUAAGGUGUACGGCGACGCGAGGGUGCAGGGCGCCACGAUAGCCUUCAACGUGUUUAGAGAGGACGGAACGUAUGAGAGCUAUGCGAUGGUGGAGAAGAUGGCAAAUGAUGGGGGGAUUUACGUGAGAUCAGGUGGAGUUUGCAACCCUGGAGGAGUCUUCACAGCUCUUCAGUACGAGCCGUGGCAACUGAACAGGGCCAAGUCCGCCGGUCAUCAUUGCGGUUCUAACGGGUUGAGCGUCAUUAAUGAGCUUCCUACGGGUGUCGUCCGAGCCAGUCUAGGCGCAAUGAGUACCGCCCAAGACGUCAACGCCUUCCUCGACUUCCUCAAGAAGAACUUCCUCGAGAAGGGCCUUCCCACACCGAAAUCCAAUAUCAAGAGAAAAAGACAACAAGCACAAAACUUGCUCGACAGUCUCUCUUCUGCAGCUAUGGCAACAGCAACUGUGACUGCAGAUGGUGGAACAGAGACAAGGACAGGGACAUCUACUGUCAUCUUGCCGCCGUCGCCUACUCCCACUUCCGUUGGGGAGGAAGGAGCAGCAACGAUGAAGCCGAAGGUAUUGGAGAGGGUCGGUAGUGCUAUUUCUAUCUAG